AUGAAACCAGGUCCACUCGAUAUGGGCUAUGGCCGACUUCUCGAGUUCACUCUGUCAAUCGUCGUGAAGACCAAUCCUAGCCCUCUCGACUUUCAAUUCGCUGCCGAUACUCUUGUCUCACAAUGGCCUGUAUUGAACCUGCGAAUGGACCCGUUGAAAACGAAAUUCUUGGAUCCCAAAGAACUCGGUGACCUGGCCGAGGUAUGGGAAGGAAGAACCCUUAAACAAGAACUCAGCGACAUUCUCCAAGUUUCUCCUGAACCGAACUCACCACAACUGAUUGACUCCGAGUCACUUGACAAGGCAUUAGACUUCGGCUAUGGAAUCCUGCACGCAUGGAAGCAGCGAGUCUUUUCCAUACGAACGGUAUUCUUGCUCGAUGCCUGUAUUAUAGGAUUCAAGUUUCUACAACCCCUCUGCGAUGCAAAUGGUAGUGGACGUCCCCGAAAGCACCCAUGCAGUAGCACUGACCAUGUGAUUCUAGGCGCCUAUCAAAUCAUCCAGGCUUAUUGCAGCUUGCUCCGGGGAGAGCGCAUUACCCAUACCAUCCCUGGUCGCCCACCCCUGUCGCUGAAGCCAGAAGUAUUAGAAACAUGCAUUGAGAAGAUCGAGUGUUAUCAGAUCGCAGACCUCCACAAAAGUUCGAUGCGUCGAACUUGGGGUAGCCGGAAUGAGGGCUCUCGGGAAGCAAAUCGGGCGAGAUAUCUGCUACCCGUCUGCGAGACGUGUCGGCAGGACCUUGUUCAUUCCCCGAAGACAAAUCCUGAACUGGCUGGAUGA